AUGUCGCUAGGGCUGGCAUCUUUACCUGUCAUUUUGAAGGCAACGGAAAAACUUGCAGAGUCCAACAACCCGAUAGCGGGAGAUGGCGAAUUCACAGAUCUCACUAGCCAGGGAUCCUUACUUGAACCUGGAAUAAUAAACAAAUGGCGGCGGUUGGAGGAAUUGCCUGUGGAGGUUUCGAUUGCCUCGCAUUUCCGCUCGCAUUCGAUUUUUACUUGUCCCGUCAGCAAGCAAACCUCAAGCAGCGAAAAUCCACCGCUGCGGAUUUCUUGUGGCCACGUGUUGUCCAAAGAGGCCGUCAGCAAGCUGUCUCGUGGAUUUGCCUUGAAAUUCAAGUGUCCAUAUUGCCCCGUUGAAUGCGAACCCAGUCAAUCGCUCCAGCUGUAUUUUUAG